AGAUGGGUAACUGCCUACACUCACAAACUUAUUGGAGCCAUAGCCACCUUUAUAUACAUGGUGCUAAUCACUACUUAAUUGUGGGCUAAUACCCUCUAUGUAUUUUCCACCUGCAACAUAUACAUGCAGUGCUACAAAAGACCUAAUCACGGCUCAGAUAAGUUUAGCCUGUUUAACCUUGUUAUAAUUUGCUGUUAAUGGCAGAGCCUGAAACACUGAAAAACCCUACUACUGCGACCACAAACAAGGCACAAGCAACCAAAGGCCUUACAGCUAGGAGAUUUGUUGGAGUCAGGCAAAGGCCAUCCGGAAGAUGGGUAGCUGAAAUAAAGGAUUCAUCUCAACGUGUAAGGUUAUGGUUAGGAACGUAUGAUUCGCCUGAAGAGGCAGCUAGAGCCUAUGAUGAAGCUGCUCGUGCCCUACGGGGGGGGAAUGCCAGAACCAAUUUUGCUGCUGUUAAUCCUAGCUUAAACCAGUCUGGAUCAUCCCUUUCUAAUGGUGGGUUCAACAUGCCAGAGUCUGAUGGGAGGUACAGCCUUAGCUUCUCGUCGUUGAAGGCUAGAUUGAGCAAGAAUCUACAGAGUAUCACGGCUAGGACGACAGAGAAUAAGUCAACAAAAAAUAGAGUGAGUGACCAUUUUACCUUUGCUAAUAUAUUCCACUGUAGGAGCUACCAAUACCAAAACCCGGUGGACACGAAGAACAUUGAGAAAGUUGUGCAGCCAAGCAUCGUUGUGCCCCAUGCAUCAGGUCAUGAGCCUUCUUAUUCCUGGGAAACAUCUAAUGUUUCAGAUUGUAGCAAUGGAUGGAUUGAAUUCAGACAACAUGGGCUUGAUUCAGAUGGAUCUGAUACUGGAGAAGUCAUCACUGUUGAUGCUGAUCAAAUGAUGGGUUGGAUUGAUAGCCCAGAUGCCAGUACUUGUUGCGGAGAGUGUUCAAGGAGUAAGAGGUUCAAGGUUUCUUCUUCUGUUGUCGUUCCUCCAACCUUUAGUGGGUCUCCAUCCUUUUGUGCGUCUCCUUCCUUCAGGGGCUCUGCAUUUCAUGGUGAGAACUAGUAGCAUAUGGAAAAAUGGACGUCGGAUGGUAACAGCUUCGUUCAAGGAAUGU